AUGUUAGUUGUGCAGUUUUUCCAUGCUUUCUUCAUGGUUAUAACACAGUAUGUAACACACGAUGACAAGUACUACGCUCUUAAUGGCUCUCCUCCUGAAUAUUUAUAAACAGGUUUAGUCUGAUUCGUGGUGAAGGGUCAUUCAAAGCAAAUGAAACCUGGGGCGCUGGAACUAGGCCUGACUUUGCAUGGCUUUCAUCAUAUACAAGGGUGACAGUUUUAUUCAAUGGCUUUCAAACCCCCACUUUAAAAAUUGUGCGCCACUGAAUGAAACAGAUCGCUUUGCACUAAACUAUGCAUGUAUACACGAGUAGAGACACCGCCCCCGUCGAGAGGAAUGCAGACACAGAUUCAAUCCAGCUCACCUGCACGAUAGCGCGCCUCGCCGGAGCACUCGCUCUUCACUUUAUUAUCAUUUUCAUCCGCUUCUAAAACACUUAAGAGAUCUGGAAACCGACUCAAAAGCACACAACAACAAGACCACCGUACUACACAACAAACCUCGCGAAGCAGAGAAGAGACAAUCGCCCCAGAAAACGCAGAUCAGGAGGGGCAAGUGAGCCCGUAACAGGACACACACCUGUUUGAAUGGCGGAGGAAAGUCGGGUGCCCCAAACGGAUUCGUGAAGGGUUAAAAUCUGCCAAGGCGAGGCAGAGAUUUCUCCCAUUGUCUCCUUCGAGUGGUGAGGGAGCGGUGAAGAGAGUGAGCAAUCUGUGCCAGGAGCCGGCCCCAUCUGUCCGGGACAUGUGCUGAAUAAACCCAUUGAAGUUCACACAGGACCCCCCUCUCCCCUCCUUCUCUCCUCUCAUUCCAUACUACAAGGAAUCUCAGAGGCAUCUCCAAUGGCAUUUGGCAGAGACAAGCCAAGCAAGGAUGCCUGCCAGGGGAUCCAAGCUCUGCAUGUGUGAAGGAAGAAAAAAAAGAAAACAGGAGAGAGCUGAAAAGAAGAGGAAGAAGAGAAAACAUAAUCAACCGAGGAUUCAGAAGGACUGUGUCGUCAUUGUAAGAUGUCUGAACUGGCUGAUCUCUCUCCACCGCGGACCCCGGCGGACCCACAGCAGAUCCAGAGGAACAUCCUGGAGGAGCAGGUGGAGCUGUGGUGGUUCCGCGACCCCAAGAAGUCGAUCCUGUGCUACUGCUCCUCGGUGCUCCUGAUCCUGGGCUGUGGGCUGGGAGGAGUGGGGCUGCUCUCCACCAGCAGCAGCCUGUCCAGCGAGUGGCGGCUGGGUGUGGGCACGGCGCUAUGCCUCCUGGCCUUGGCUGUGCUCCUCAAGCAGCUGCUGAGCUCUGCCAUCCAGGACAUGAACUGCGUGCGCAGCCGGCAGCGCAUCGAGAUGCUCCGGAGCGGCGGCGUCUCCGACCACCUCGUCAUCCUGGCCACCGGGCUGGUCCUGCUGCUCUGCGGGGCGGUCCUGCUCAUCCUGUCCGACUCCAGCGGGCUGCCCAAGCCAGGCUUCGUCCUCAACGAGAUGUUCAUUUCUGGGGCUGUGCUGGCAGCUGCAGGGGCGGUGACUGUGUUCUCUCUGUUUGCCUACGUUGUCGUCACCAGGCUUCGGAACCCCGCGGGCGGAGGGCAGAGAUUCUUGAACGCCGGCCUCGGCAUCUUCACCGUCUCUGGAAGGAUGGCAGAGAGCGCGAGGGAGACCACCUCCAGCAUGGCCAACUUGAUUUAACUCUUCUAAAAGUCUGCUGUAACAGAGGUCCUUGUAAAGGAUGUGGUGACUCCAUUGUUCCUAGCAGUGAUGAUGACAUUGUUUGUGUGUCUGAUUUCCGCGUUCCUGCCGCGGUUCUGCUCCGUGAGAUAUGUGGCUUUGCCGAUGGCCAUCUUCAGAAGGUCUGGAGUGUGCUGAAGUCGUAACUGCAAUGGGAUUUGUGUACUUGAUAUAAAAGUCAACUGUAACAGAGGUUUCUACGAAGAGGUCUCUGUUAUCCGUAGGAGUGCAGUGAGACGAAGAUGUGAAAUUAUUUGUUCACUUUACAAUACUAUUUAUGUAUGGUUGAGAUUGAAUUGUAUUAUUAGAUAAACUGUUUUGGAAAUGUACUUGUAAGACAAGAGUACUGUAGAGCACACAGUACCUGUGUACAUGUCCGUCUGUCUGUUAACACAGCAAUAUCUCUCUCUCGCUCUCUCUCUCUCUCUCUCUCUCUCUCUCUCUCUCUCACACACCGUUGUUGUGAUUAAAUAUUUGCCAUAGUUCAAAACCAAGCAACAAUCUACAAUCUGCCCUGAGUCUUGCACGUUGUUUUUUGCACUGAUUACAGAGGAAUGCAUUUUGUCAAUGAUGUUUAUGAAAAGAGCAAUAAUUAGAAAUAAUUUCAGAAAUUUCUUUGGGCACUUUUAAUAAAUAAUAUAUUGGAAUUACAGUUUGUCAGUCACCGAGGACACUUCUCCUUUCAAUUCUUAACAGUGAUGCAGAUUUAAGAUGAGAAUGUAUGAACAAGGUGAAGGGGUGUCAGCCCCUUCCAAAGAGCUUCUCAAACCAGGUGAGACAGUUUCAUUUAUAUAGCAGUGUGCAGAUGUAUGAGAACACCCCAUUGCUUCUGUAGUUUUGAUUUGUUGUGCCUGUGAAACCAAACCACUGAAACUGAAAUUUUUCAAAUUAGUUAUUGUCUAAUUUAAUUGAUGACUUUAUUAGGUCACACAUCCAGUUCAUUUAACACAGAGCCACAAAUGGUAAAAUGCAGGAGACUUUUUAGAAGUUGUUUAAGACACCUAAUUAAAGCAGAAAGUGGUGUAACAUUUUCACACAAGUGGCUGUUGUUUCUAUAUCGCUGAUUCCUGAGUGGAAAUGUACAUUCUCACACCCUGAGGUGUUCUCGCAGGUAGCUAUAUAAAGGAUAUAAAUGAUCCAUCUUGAGUUGUUCUCAUACGUUUGAUCAUGACUGUUUAAUGUAACACUAGUUAAUUCAUGAAAGCAAGCGAGUCACAGCCUAGUGAAUACACUGUAGAGUUCAACUUUACCACAGGUCGGGAAGUACGCUUUAUAUCCUUGAGGCAGAAAGCCAGAGUUCACGAAUCUUGAUUCAUUGUGUCCUGGUAAAAGAUCCCAGAGUGGAGGCUGUAUGCUUACCACACAGGCCUCCAUCAAAGUGGGGCUGGCCCAUCUUCGUGAUACAGGAAAUCUAGGAGAGUGUUGAUCACCAUUUCCUGAUUACCAUUCCUAGGGGAAGCUGAAUACAGGCGUCAUUUAAAUGAAUGAGAUGUCUCGCGCCCUUUCUUCAUUAUAUUGACACAAAUAUAAUAAACCCCAAUUACAGUGCUCUGAAGAGUGAUGGUCCUCCAUGGUUUAGUUCAGUUGAUUGCACUGCUGUUCAGCAUCGAUUAAUCAACACAAGGUAAUCCCUAUGGACGUGAUUUCCCAAUGUGAGUCUUUCAAAUUGUAAUGCAAAAAAUGAUAAUGUCUAAUACGAUACUGCGGAUGAGAUUGCAAUGCUGCUAAUAAAAUGAACAGGGCAUGAUUCAUGUGUAUGUGUCCCUGGCAUUUUAGCAGGUCAGAAUGGCUGUUUUGCAAAGUGAUGAAAAUGUGAAGCCCCCUUGUACAUUACAAAUGUGAUAUUUAUCGUGUUCAGGUGUUUUUGAUAUGGUGCAAGUAAAGAUUUGAACU